AUGACAGAUGCGCAGAAGCAGCCAUUCCAGGACUUGGCUCAACGGCAGGCGCGGGAAGUGAAGGAGGCCAAGGCCAGCAUUCUGGGCUUUGAGCAAGGCCAGGGCGGGCGCCUUGUUGGCGCAGGAGGCAUUCAGACAGAUGUGCCGAUGCCUGCCGUGCAUUGGGAGGGCGGAGUGCUUCGUGCCACCUCCUUCCUAGGCGAGGGCACGUACUCCCGCGUGUGGCGGGUGAGUGAUCCCAGUGGGCAGGAGUUCGCUGCUAAGAUCGUAAAGCAGGAACUUUCGGACAUCCAGGACGAGUUUGCGCUGAUGAGAUUGAUGGCGCACCCGAACAUCAUGAACUGUCAUUCCAUUCUUGCUGACAGUUUGUCAGUGGGCCUUCUUCUUGAGCUUGGCGAUUCGUCCUUGCACGACUGGCUCGCACUUCAUGCCUUGGACUGGCCACCAUCUUCGGUGGCGUCCAGGGCGUGUUUUGAGAAGAGAACGCAGCAGCGGUGGAAGUUCGCCUUUCAAAUGGCACGGGGCUUGGGCCAUUGCCAUCAAAUGCGUGUGCUUCACGGGGAUGUCAAGGUGUCCAACAUGGUUGUGAAGUCCAAUGCAGUGCAGCUAUCGGACUUCGGGUUGGCGGUUCGGCUCGACGCCAACAAUCGCAUCAGGGUAGUCGGGCGCCAGAUGUACAGCCCCGGCCAUAGGCCGCCAGAGUGCAAGCCCAUGAUGGUGACAAUCACAGUGAAGGCUGAUUGCUGGGCGGCUGGGUGCGCCCUGUAUUCUCUCAUGGCUCAUUCUGGUUCCAUGGCCUUGUUUCCGAACGGGUAUGAUGUUGUGGCCACGACGGGCCUUGAGACCUACUUGGAGCAGCGCUUUCGCAUCAGGAUGACCCAUAGCAGCGCAGCCAGCGCUCUCGUGAAGAAGCUUGUAGCGGAGGACGCAUCCAAGCGAUCCGACAUGCUGCAAAUUGUUGCCGCUUGCUCGGGUGAGAUUCUCGAAUAG